UCCUACUUUUCUAAAUUCUGCAUUCCACCACUAUCUCGCCGAUAACCAACAACGUAAUAGCAGCCAACUUUCUUUGUUGCUUUCUUACUCUUAAAAUCAAAUAGGCUUGUUUAAUUUGUUCACAACAGCAGAGAAAAUGAGGUUGUCUGUCAUCUUCGCCAUUACGCUCCUCACGGUGUUGACCUCGUUUUCAGAGGCUUCACUGCUGCCGCUGCUAGACCGCCCAGGAAGUCUUCUGUCGGAUUUCUGGGUAGACAGGUUCCCGGCGGAUCCAUUCAGAGUAUUGGAGCAUCUUCCUUUUGAAAUCGACAGGGAUGAGUUGGCCAUUUCUCCUGCGAGGGUUGACUGGAAAGAGACACCCGACGCUCACUUUAUCAUGCUCGACAUUCCUGGUCUGGAGAAGGAAGAGCUGAAGAUAGAGGUGGAAGAGAACAGGGUUCUGAGGGUGAGUGGAGAGAGGAAGAAGGAAGAGGAGAAGAAAGGAGAGCACUGGCACCGAGUGAAGCGAUCUCAUGGCAAGUUCUGGAGGCAGUUCCGGCUGCCGAAGAACGUGGACUUGGAGUCGGUGAAGGCCAAGCUAGAGGAUGGCGUCCUUACAAUCUCCUUGGCCAAGCUAUCCCCGGACCAGAUCAAGGGCCCCAGAGUGGUCGGAAUAGAAGGUGAUGAGGGGGAGCAAGCUAAUAAGCUGAGCGAGGGCAGCACCAGCCGUGCCAAGGACAAGAAACAAGAACUCUGAGGCAUUUUAAGCUGGGUUAUGUUAAUAAAAUAAGUGUAGUAGCCUGUAUUCUCUAAGCUGAUCACACUACAAGAAAAAUGAUCUUUGGCAACAGGCAUUUCAUUACAGUUAAAAAU